AAUCUGGGCUGCUCCUUUUCUUUCCCAACUUGUUUUCUGGCCGUUCUGGUUCUCUGUUGUUUGCGUUAAUGAUCCUCCUCACCUGCAGGCUUUGGGCGGAACCGGACUCCUCCCAUCGCCGAACGCAGCUCCCUCCACCCUCUGGCUCGGUGAUACUUCCUGAUGUACCUGAGCAGGUGAGUAGGAGGAGCAGAGCUUUUCUUCAUCUUCACUGCGACGAUUUGCGGCAUGAAAACCCAGCAGAGGAUCAGCGUUCGGCUCCAACAUCAGGGUGUGGUUCAGCAGAGGCUCAUCUAAAAGUUUCAGGACACCGGGCCUCCAGGACUGGAGUUUGACACUCGUACUCUUAUAAUGACGGACUCUAUGAAAACUCAGCUGGUGAGCGCCAUCCAUCUGCAGCAGGUGGAACUGCAAGAAAAACCUACAGGCAACUCGCAGGGCAACAACAGCAACAAUGCUGCAGCAGAUGAGAAGUUCACUGUGGAGCAAGCUGUGGAAACCAUCGGCUUUGGACGCUUCCACGUCCUGCUGUUUGUCAUCAUGGGCAGUGCCAAUAUUGUGGAAGCCAUGGAGAUCAUGCUGCUAGCUGUGGUUUCUCCAGAGAUUCGAUGCGAGUGGCGCUUGGAGGACUGGCAGGUCGCCCUCGUCUCCACGAUGGUGUUCGUCGGCUUCAUGGUUUGUGGAGUUUUGGCCGGUUACAUCGCUGACAGAUACGGACGCUGGAAGGUUGUGUUUGGAGGUUAUGUGUGGAGCGCCUAUUUCUCUCUGCUCACGUCGUUUGCUCCAACGUACGGCUGGUUUAUCUUCCUGCGCAGCAUGGUGGGCUGCGGCGUUGCAGGAGUGUCACAGGGGUUUGUGUUGAAGACAGAGUUCAUCCCUGCCAAGUAUCGAGCCUACCUGCUGCCUCUGGGCACCAUCUUCUGGAUGACCGGCUCCAUACUCAUCAUCCUCCUUGGCAUGCUGGUGGUUCCCACUAUGGGCUGGAGAUGGAUGAUCCGGCUCUCCAUCACACCAAGCAUCAUCCUCAUCUUCCUCUUCAAGUUUAUUCCUGAGUCGGCCCGUUACAACGUGUCAGCAGGGAAAGUCGAUGCUGCCGUCAAAACCCUGCAGAGGAUCGCCAGAAUGAACCGAGCUUCUCUUCCUCCUGGACGGCUGGUGGAGCCCGCUCUGAGGGAACGCGGCAGCUGGAGGAUUCUGUUCAGUCCCACCUUCAGGAGGACGUCCCUCCUGCUCUGGUACUCAUGGUUUGUGGCGUCCUUCGCGUACUAUGGCUCGGUGCUGAGCAGUUCAGAGCUGCUGGAGAAAAACCUGCUGUGUGUGAUAAAUGCCGACGCAGAGCAUCAGGUCAAACACCGCCAUGAGAGCGGACUCUGCUACUGCAUCCCCUUUGGGAGCAGCGACUACCAGACGCUGCUCAUCAGCUCCCUGGGAGAAGUCGCAUUGGUUCCGUUAAACAUCGUCCUGCUUAACGUGUUUGGACGGAGGAUAAGUCUCACUGUGCUUCAACUGUUAACAGCUCUUCUGUUCAUGAUGGUCAACAUCUGCACAACAAUGUUUGGCUUCACUGUGCUGCUGUUCCUGCUGCGAUCUCUGGUCUCCAUGAACUUUAACGUGGUUUAUAUUUACACAGCGGAGGUUUACCCGACCAUAGCGCGAUCUCUUGGGAUGGGUUUCUGCACCUCGUUCAGUCGGAUUGGAGGGAUGAUCGCUCCAUUUAUUGCACAGGUGCUCAUGUCGCGGUCUGUGAUUCAAGCUCUCACUCCGUUUGCGGUUGCUUGUGUCAUCUGUGCUCUGGGAAACUUCCUGUUACCGAUAGAAACCAGAGGUCGAGCUUUGCUGCAAAACUCCUGAGGAUUUCCCUGCACAGCUUCUAUUUGAUGUUUUUCUGUGUGUUAUUGGACCUGGAAGUCUGGAACGUUUCUGUUUGUAUUGUCAAAGAAACACGAGUUUAGUGUUUUGCUUCAUACUGGACUUGUUCACAUCUAAUCAACCCAGAGCUUCUUUUGUUCUGAAAUACCAGAAGGAAAAACAGCUGUUACAGUCAGCAUACUGAAGUUACUGCAGAGAUUUUUCCUGACAGAUGCAGAGCUUUGUUUGACUUUGUGUUGUCUGCUGUAACAGGUUUUUCAUUUCAGUCUCUUAAAUGUCCAAAAUAAAGCUGAUUAAUCCAAGUGAA